UUACGUUGCCGUCGCUAACAGGAAAUUCAAUGCAUAGUAUUUUUAGAAACGGAGGAUGGGUCGUUUAACGCAUCCUCGAGAGUAAUUAAUCAGUUUUUUAAGCUUGAGAGUUCGGACUCGGGACUCGGCACUUGGAAAGUUGGGACUCAAGAUUUGGAAACGUGGAACUUGGGGCUUUGGACUUGGCACUUAGAAAGUUAGGAUUUGGGACUUGGCAACUUGUGGCUUGGGGCUUAGAGCUUGGAAAGUUGAGAUUCGAAACUUAGGACUUAAAAUUUCCAAGUGAUAAAUCAGGGACAUAGAAAUUUAUUCCAUCAUCCACUCGCUCUUCUCGCCAUCCAUCCGGAAGAUCGGCGGCGCACGGGACUUGGACAAAAUCAUUGCUAUAAUCGUCGUUUCUAACAAAGGGUGAACAAACGACACGACCAACGGCACCCAUUUCUUUCCCUCUUGCUGUGCAAUCAUUAAUUACUCAAUUUCAUCGGAUGUUGUUCGUCACGGGAUUAAAUGCUCGAGUAGUCGAGGUCUAUUGCGUGGAGAACAAGAGGGAACGCCAUGAAUUGCCCUUCCAAUCAUCCCAUUACGCUCGGUUCUGUUCGUACCGUAACCCAGCCCACGGAACUCGGUCUUUUCGUUCUUCUUCGGAAGAUGCCAUCUGCUCUGCUCUAUAAAACAAGCCGUGGAAUUCCACGUAUUUCAUGAACGUAAUUCGUUUGGAAAUAAUUGCACUGCGCGAAUGAUUGAAAAUGAUGCAAGAUGCGCUGAAACUGAGAAUUUCAAUUGCUAGCUUGAUAUACCAUUUAAUUGGAUGUUAUUCAAUAAACGGUAAAUCACUGAAGCGUAGAAUUCCAGGGCAAAGUAUAUACGAUUUUUAAUAUUUUUUUUUUUUCUACAAUUUUCUGCGAAAGUUAAUUCUUGAAAGGUGCUACUCCACAUUCAGAACAUCUUGUUCCCUUUCAACCGUCUGUCCCUUAUAAUUACCCUCGUUAAACGUCGACACACGAAAUGCAUCAUUUAACCCAGACCUUUGCUAAGCAAACGAGACGCUUCAAUCCUUGCCUGUUAACGUCGGUACCCUUUUUUGAAGGGCCGUUAAAAGAAACAUAAAGAUGGACGUAGGUCGUGAACUUCGUUUACGCUUCGACGACGAUUCACCGGACAGUGUCAAUGUCUCCACAGGAUAUCCUCGAACACUCGAAUGGUAGUUUGUUCUCUGUCUUUUGCAAGGUUCGAGGGCCCAGAAUGUACACCGCCCCCUCUGGGAAUCCUCCAUACCCCACCUUCGUCGGCGUUCUACUUGUCGUUGUCGUGGUCGACAGCUAGGGUCGGAGUUCAUUGUGCCACAAGUGCAUUCCGAGUGACGGUGACGCCAAUUGCUCGUUACGGACUUGCAAGCCAGUUGUGAAUCGGUCUGUGAAAGCGUCACUGACAUCUCCUUUACUGGCUGCUUCGUCCAGGAUCCGAUAUCCUCCCACGUCCUUGUCAUCACGUUAGAGACGACCGCUUAACGGCUGAUAUUUCCGUUCGUUUCCGGCGCAAGAAUGGCACUCGAGACGAUGGAGGCGUCGCAUUUGCUCAUUCGAUGGCAACGUUCAUUCAGUUCAUUUACUAAAUCAUCCUUCUAAAUAGAUUCUACCUUAACUGUAUAAUAAUAUUUAAUAAAAAUGAUACAAGGUUGUGGAGUGGAAAUGAGUGUCGCGAUUAUUUGGAAGUUACUCUUGAUGCUGGCGAUGUCUUCUUCGAGGGUGUUUUCAGCGGACAAUGUGUGUCCAAGAACGGAAAAUUACACGGUCACGUCGAUGGAAACGUACACAGAGCCGGUUAUCGUGAAUACGUUCACCUGGUGUCUACAGAUCCCACCCAGGUGUCCGAAGACGCGGACCGAGAUGAGACAACGAUAUCGCGUAAAGACAGAGUGGAAGACCAGGAGAGUGAUCGAGUGCUGCGAAGGCUAUAAAAUGAUCACGAGCAGUGACAGCAUGACAGGCAUCAGGUGUCUGCCACUUUGCGAAAAAUGUCACUCGGGAAUUUGCGUCUCUCCGAACCAGUGUUACUGCGAUCCUGGAUAUCACGGAGAUAACUGUACGAUCGAGUGUCCAAGAGGCACGUGGGGCUCGCUGUGCAAAGAGAAAUGCAACUGCACCGAGGACGUACCUUGCAAUCCCGUAAAUGGACUGUGUGCGUGUCCGCCAGGAUUACGUGGACAAACGUGUAACGAGUCGUGUCCAGAUGAUCGUUGGGGUCCCGAAUGUGCAUUUCCAUGCGAAUGCAAGAAUGCACCGAACGCGUGUCACCCCGAAACAGGUCGAUGCAUCGGGAACGACGUUUCCGCGAUGAACGAUAGUUACUCACAGAAUCUUGACGAAGAGAACAAGGAACCGGUGAACUUCACGAUCGUCGAUCAUAACCGGGAUCCUACGCGAAUUUGGCAAACGACGGAAAGUCCGACAGAAGAUGUAGCCGGUUACCAGACGCUCGCCACCACGGUUAAUCCUGGCAGAACGAGCAGCCCGGAAGCGACGAACGUCUCGAGCUCGGAUCAGAUGAAAAUUAGGACACGAGAAGAGGGCAACUCGAGCACCGCCAGGCCUGUGAUCGUUUUAGUUUCCGUCCCAGAACGGAGACGGAACGUUGAAAAGGAACGAGGGAAAUUCGCGAUGAAGAAUCCCUUCUUGGGACACAUCGGCGACAACGUUGAUAUCGUACCUCCUAAGACCGAUUACGUUAAGAACAUUCACAAAGUAGACAACGUUCAGCCAGCCCCGAUACCCCUGGACAUAGCACUAAUCGUGGUAGCUUCGAUCGUAUCUUUGGGAUUGACCUCGGUAGCCGUGGUGAUGAUUCUCCACAUGCGUUCGAAACUGCUCGAAACAGCCAGGUUAUCCAUUUACGAGGAAGCAAAGACGAAGAAUCAAGAGAACCCAAGUGCAACGAGGAUCUCCUCGAUAGUCAUGGCUGCUCUUCCUCAAACUCCAAGCGUGAGCCCCUUGUUUGCGUCCACUUCGGAGCCAAGAACGGUAUUUCCGGUGAACAGUAUCGAUCCUUCGAGCAACUAUGCCAACGGAUCUGCCACGAUCGGUUUUCGUGUAACCGGUGAUCUACGCGAAUUUCUGCAGGACGAUCACUACGAUCGACCACCGUCGACACGGAUUCGUUUACAGAACGAUUUUGACGCGAACACGGAACACGUUUACGACGAAAUCCCAUUGCAAUCGAGCCCUUUACACUGUCGUAAAAACGCGUGAAGGGAUCGUCGGUGUGAAUUAUAAAUCGACCCUAAUGUAUUGAAUGUAGGAGAAACUUGGUAUGUUUGUUUUGCAAAGUGAAAACCGUGUCUCGUACAGAAAAUUAUAGUAUUGUAUAAUAUCUAUUAACUGGUUAACUAACGGUGCAAACAUUCGUUAGACAGACUGUAAUUAGAAUUAUCGAGUGAUACGAUCGUAUUACUUUUCGAUUCUCCACGGUAGUCAGCGGGUUAAUCACGCGAAACGUGUAAUCUUUCACUUGAACGUUUCUAACGUAAUACCUCGUCCAAUUAUCAACUCGAUAAUCCGGUUCAAUAAUUUCGUUUGUUUUUCUACGUUGAAUAAUUUCGCUGGUAAGGAGGAUGAUGUCAUUGACAAGUCCGGUACCAGUCAUCAAUGACCUUGCCAGGUCAACGCAUAGAAUUUCACUGAAGAAAGCGGUGUCUUAUCUCGCCGUUGUUCGAGUCAAGCUCGCGUGCGAUUCCGAAGGCGGAUGUGAAAGAGUCAGUUCGUCUACGGGUUCGUAGGAAAAAUCUAACCGGACUGGUUUCCGACCUUACGCGGGCUCGUUUAGCGUGCAAGGCUGAACGUGACUGCAAUCGGUUCCUUGGUCGGGUAGAAAAACGACCCUGGGUUAACGGCGCCGAUUAUAUUAUCCAACAGGGCGUGUACCACGACGAGACAGCUUUUCCUCGCUCUCUUUGACGUCAAUCGACUUGCAUUCGAGCCCCCGACGACGUCAACCAUGAACACGCGAACUUUUUACACCGGUUACACCAUAAACGAACGGUGACUGGAACUAAGUUGCGAAAUGAAAAAAUUAGAGGGACCAGUCGUUCAAUGGAUUAUUCAAAACGGGGUUGUGUUCUUAACUGCAGAUUGGGGGUUGAUUCUUAUUAUUCGUGGUUGCAGUGGAAUGUUUGUUGUAUUAAAUUAAGGGUUAAGUUUGAUUUUUGUUCGUGUAAAUAAGAUGAUACGUAUACCAAAGAAUUUGUAUUCCAAAGAAGAGUAAGUUUAAAAUAAUUCAUAAGAUUUACGCUUAAUAUUCAUUUCGUAUCAUCGGAUAGCGAUAAGCGAGUCGUGUUCCGAUUAAACUUAAGGCUGCACUUACGAAGCGUUGUCAUCAUCGAUAAUAAUAAAUUCAUCACGAAUUUAUGUCAGGCGAACAACGCGUUCUUUCGUCAUGACGUGCGAGAAACAGCGGGGAGAAGGAAAAAAUGAAGAAAAAUAGAUAGCUCGUAAUUGGAAUAGCUCGAAGAUAAUCUCAGCCAACCGUACUGAAUUUUACCAUGAUAUAUUAUCGCGUAUAGAACUCGGAAUAUCUUCUAAAAAUUGUUUAAUUUAUUCUCAGUAGAUCACUGAUUUCUCGUAUCAUUCUUUUUUUCCAAUUAUCACAACCAGGCCAAAGCUUUCAGUUUUUAUCGUAGUUUAAAAAUAGGGCAACCGAGUGACCGUCGCGGUUGGCGGACUCUCGGCUGGGUCGUUUUUAUCAGUCAGACGCUGCAUCCUUUGUAAAGAGAACAGCGAUAUCGACGGAUUACAUAAACUAGCAAUAAACGGAACUUUCGAAACGUUUCCGUCCCGUUGUUUGAAGAAAACUUCGAAACGCGUACCUCAUCUCGAGAAACCUGUCAAGUUAUACCGAGUUUCCUUUUGAUUUCGAGUCACGCUCGAUUCUGCCUCGAUAGGCGAGCCAAUUCAAUCAUCGAUCGAAGACCGUUCGAUCAAAGCUCACGAGUGACCCUGGAUUCUCAAGGUUCGUCAUGUACGUUUCUACAGAGUCGUAAUUGAUAAUAACGAAACGGUUAUCGAAAUUACGUUUGUGCGAGACAAAUGUUCCCUUCCGUGGUCGCUGAUAACCAAAAGCUAAACAAGAGAAAAGGAAAAAGAAGAAGGGAAACAAGCAAGGAUGAAAGUACUGUGAACCCACGUCGACUGCUGGCUAAUCGAAGCUCACGAUGACCCUGAUUUAUUAUAUGUGUACUUGUAAUUGAUAAUUAUAAACGUUUAUCAAAAUUA